AUCUAUCACACACACGUACACACACAAGUCAAACACACACACACACACACACACACACGUACACACAUUGCCAGUGUGGAGGGCUGGCUCCUGCCACCAUCACGUGUCGUAGCCGCCGUAUAUAGAAGAGACUGGGCGGCUCGGGGGCAAAAGAUUGGUGUGUGUGUCCCGGCUUCAGCGGAGAGACGCAGCGCUUCUCUUCCUUCCUUCCUUCCUUCCCUCCCUCCCCCAUGCAGACAGCCCCAUCCCGCUAAAGAUUGCAGCACUUUCAGCACCGCUCCUGGACUCGGGACGAUUGCGCGCGUUGUGUCAGUCAACAUGUCGGAUCAAGCCUUUGUAACAUUAGCAACCAAUGACCUAUAUGGAAAAGGAGCCUUGGUAUUGGGAAGUUCAUUGCGAAACCACAAAACUACAAGGCAGCAGGUGGUUCUUGUUAGUCCCCAAGUAUCUAACAAUAUGAGAGCGCAGCUGGGAAGAAUCUUUGAUGAGGUUAUUUUAGUGGAUGUGCUGGACAGCAAGGAUUCAGCUCACUUGGCCUUGAUCAAGAGACCUGAGCUCGGCGUGACAUUUACGAAGCUACACUGCUGGGCUCUCACAAACUAUUCCAAAUGUAUAUUCAUGGAUGCAGACACAUUGGUAUUAUGUAACAUCGAUGAACUCUUUGAAAGGGAAGAACUAUCUGCGGCGCCGGACCCUGGUUGGCCGGAUUGCUUCAAUACGGGAGUGUUUGUUUACCGCCCUUCCAUCGAAACCUACAAUGAACUUUUACAGUUUUCUACAGAAAAGGGCAGCUUUGACGGAGGGGACCAGGGUUUACUGAACAGCUUCUUCAGCAACUGGGCAACAGCGGACAUCAGCAAACACCUGCCUUUUAUUUACAAUCUCAGCAGUGUGGCAGUCUAUUCCUACCUUCCUGCUUUCAAACAGUGGAAUCCUAGCUAUGGUGCUGAUGCCAAGGUGGUCCACUUUCUUGGCAACGUCAAACCAUGGAACUGCUCCUAUAACCCGAAGACAAGAUGUGUGAUGAGGGAUAGUAAUGAUUAUUCCUCUGCUGUUCACCCUGAAUUCCUCAAUAUGUGGUGGGACACCUUCACGACAUCUGUCUCGCCACUGUUUACAGAGCAGGAUAUCCCAAAGGAGACUAGUUCUGACAAGCAAGAGGAGGAAAAGUUGAGUGAGGCUGUUUCACAGCUUUCAUUCACCCCACCGGCUCCAGUGGUGUCCUCAGAGGAGCGCAGGAAAAAGUGGGAACAGGGUCAAGCUGAUUACAUGGGAGUAGAUUCUUUCCAGAACAUCCAAAAGAAACUGGAUGCUUACUUGAACUAAAGGCAGGUGGCCGAACUCCCCAUGUGGCAGUCCAGCAAGAACUGAACACAGAAGGCCACAGCAUCUAGGCUGGAGUUCAGUGCAUGGCUGGUUUGUACUUAACCUGUUAGUGGCAUGGUUUGAAAUGGGUGUCGCCAUCUGGCUGUCACCUCAAUGAUGAACAUCUGUAGUAAGAAUGUGGCAAAAGCCCAUGAACAUCGUCUUUCAAACACCUGAAGCAAAUCUCUUCCCAGUAUUGAAUAUUUUGCACAUGGACACACUGCCUACUGCUGUAAUGCUCUUCCAGAAGGCUUUUUGCUUAACUUAGUAAAACAGACUUAAUUAACUUUUUGAACCAUGUUGUAGACACUGAGUUUAACAGUGCUCGCGGUACUUUACAGAUGUUUGAAGUAGCUUCACAUGCAUGAGGAGCAAUAACUACUAACCUCCCUCCCCUUCCCCGCCCAUCAGCUUUACAAAGAAAAUACUUUACCCUGUUUCCACUGGGACAAGAAGUAAUUUCUAUCUUUGAGACUUAAUGAUAUGAAAAAACCCAAUAGAGAUGGGAUGUCUGUGCACUGUACAUAACCAGUACCUUGCAAGAUUGUUACAUAGAACUGAAGACUUUCUCCACCUACUGUGGUAUUUGUGUUGUGAUUAACCUGCUGAACAUCAAUUUCUAUGUGUCUCAUAGCACUUUACCCACAAAAUAAACUUACUGGUUUGAAA